CAUUGCGUAAUACAGCCCCUAAGAUAAAACCAUUCGUACAGCUCCAAAACGCCCAUUGGAGUUGUUCCAAGGUUUCAGGAUUUUAUCUAACCUACCCAUUGUCGAAGAUCCGAUACCCCAUUGUAUUGCUCGACUAUCUGCUCAGGGAUUAGGCUCACGGAACAAUAGGCCCAAUCUUGGGAGGACAUGAAUUGUUCGAAUUUGCUUCUAAGGGGCCAGUAAACGUGAUGGUAACAGCGGUAAUUGAUACAUAACUCCACAGGUAAUGGCUGUUGGUGGUACGUCAUUAUGUUGUGUCCAUUCUGCGCAUCUACCUUUUGAACUCGCGAUGGUGCCACCAAUUGUCAUGAGAUGCUGUAUCAGCUCCAGCAGAUCCGGCGAAUGACCACAAAAUUUGAUCCGACAGACGAACACAUUAACGCCCAUAUCCGUCAACAUGCAGAGCUCCGACAUCAUCGAAAAAUCACUUAGCAGCGUAUCUGAUCUGCGGCAGUGGUUGCAUUUACGGGGGAUGCAGUGAGAUACAUUGCCGCAACCUCCAAGCCCCGCCAGUGGUAACGGAUGUGAACGAUGGGCAGCGGAGCAAAUGUAGCUGUCCCUCUGAUUGCGCGGAUAAUAAUUAUUGAAUAAUUUACUAUGGAUCCUUUCAACGCUUCGAUUCUUACGCCAGUCAUCGAUGGCACCGAAAGUUACCCUGGGAUGGAAUCGGCUAUAGCCUUCAUUAGCAAGUGGGCCCGUAUUGUCUGCAUCGCUAUGGGGAUUCCUGGUAAUGUAGUUGCGUUCUUGGUUACCAUUCGGAAGGACAACCGCCAUCUCAGCGCAUGCGUAUUCAUGGCAUCGCUGGCGAUUGUUGAUAACAUCGUCCUACAUCAGCGGAUGCUGUAUGGUAUCCUCAUUGCACUGAAUGAGGAAUUUCUACUCAAUAAAACAUUUCUAGGAUACUGUUGGUACUCGGGACGAUUCGGAGCCAUAGCAUCUGGCCUACUUCUGGCCGCAAUGACCGUUGACCGGGCCAUUUGCGUUGCGUUCCCAAUGAGGGCCGUGGAUCUAUGCACAGCAUCGAAGGCCCGAAAGAUCGCUAUGGUCAUCAUAUUAUCACAGGCACUUAUCUUCCUCAACGUAUUCUUCACCUACGAUAUUCUGGCCCCAGGGCACCUGGUAAGAAGUGUACCAACAGCCCCCUGGGUCGGGGCACUCUUCGAUAUAUACGAACUGGUAAUGGGCGCAAUCUUACCCUUUUCCCUCAUCGCUAUAGGUAACGCUGCCAUUAUCAUAUCAGUCCGCCGCGCAGCCAAUCGGCGCGCAGAAAUGUCAAAAACGGAUAUGACGUCACAGAAAAGUCGUCUGCAGGAGAGGAGCAUCACGAGAAUGUUAUUGUUUGUCUCAUUUGCGUUUUUGAUAUGUCAGUUCCCGUAUCGAGUUUCUGGAAUAUUGUUUGAAAUUCCUGGGGUAAUGACUAUGUACGAUAUGAAUAGCCACUACUGGAAAACAAGAAGUUUGUUGCAGAAAAUAGUUUUUACUGAGUUAUUCAUGGCGAGUUUUGCUGUAAAUUUUUAUUUGUAUUUUCUAGGCGGCGGUGAGAAAUUUCGGCAGGAUUCAAAGCAGUUGCUUCUAGUUUGUUUUAAGCGUCGCCGGGCUACAAAUCAACGAACGUAAUAUGAAAAUUAUAUAAAAGCAUUCACCUUUCGAUCCGUGCGUUGUGAUUUCAUUUUACCCUCACCAGGUGAACGGAUCAGCUCCGUCACUGAAGUGUUUUUUUUUAUUCUCCAUGACCGAGGACUACGCUAUGUGAUUCGUGUUGUCCAGGCUGGUUUUUUGGUAGUGAAAUCAGACGCGUCCGAUCAGGUGAGGCUGUAUACUGCUGAAAAAAACCCUCCAUUUUAUGUCAUUAUAAAACCCACUCGAAGGACAGGCUGGCGGCUUUUCCUUCACUGUGUCUGCUCUUUUUUAGUUUCAUCAGGUAAUUGCUUGCUUAUGAUUUUCCAAUUUGGCCAACAUCAACAAAACUUUCGCACUACGCAGAUGCUGACAUAAUGUAGUUUGGACUUUAUGGUAGCCCGUAAUAUUACGACGCAGCGUCAUUUCCACUGUAGUCGGAGUAGCAGGCUCUCUCACGUCACAGUAAGUCGAAUUUAUUCACGCUUGUACGAGGAAUAUAUUUAGCGAUGAAUCUUACAUGACCCGGGCCCUUACUGUGUAUUUUAGUCACCUGCAGAUGGCUAAAUUAGCCCCUCUGCUCCUACCUUACCCCCCUACCAUAGUCCCCCUUUCAGCUCAAGAACCGAUCAAACUAUCAACACUGACUUGACCAUUGACCAGUUGUCACCAUAUGAAGAAUCGUGCGCUUAUUUAAAUUACAGAAGAUACAUGUAUGGUAUUUGAACCUGUUUCUUUCUUGUUUAUGGCCGAAAAUUCAACUUGAUCGGUCAUGAAAUGUCCACUCUGGGUAAGUUACCUCAGUCACAUUAGUAUAUGUGCUCUUCCAACCCCUGCUCAUUUAACCACUUAACAGAUAACAGAGUCAAUGGACUCGUCGUCAAAGGCAUCAUGAUCAUGACUACUGUUGCACUGGUAACCUUGUAGUAAUACUGACGCACUCAUUUUAUUACGCUAAGAACCUUAUCUGUCGUUAUCAUUAUUCUUGUAGAAGCCUUAUCUGUAACGUAGACAAAUAGAUAAAGCCAAAGGAGAAUCUGAUAAUGCUGGUCAAAAACUCAAGCAAUCCGUAUUUUUUGUUAAUAACAAAUUCAGUGAGCUACAAAUUCGCCAAUCACGUGACUGAUUUUAGGACAGACCUGAAGCAGGAGGACCAGCAUUAUUCGUUUUCAAGGUUGUCCUGCGGUCGAAACUAUUCGAAUGUGUCGACAACAGGCCUACUAUUAGGAUGAAACUAUAUGAUUAUUCCCGAGUGCUUUUGGCUUUUUUAGAGAGGCUGCGACCAAGUUCUGGUGGAUGAUGAUUUUAGAAGGGCAUGACGUGUUACAUGCACGUCAUCCGCACGGCAUUGGACCAUGAACAUGACGUGCUAUGCGCGUCAAACGCAGCGAAAGGGUUAAUGCAGGCUUAUCAUGCAUGAUCUUCUUACUUGAAAAAGUUCAGUUGGAAAAAAUUAUGCCGUAGAUUUCUCCCUAUUAAUAUCAAAAUUAUCUUGAUGAAAUCAAACAUAGGUGAUGGAUUUUCAUAUGUGGGCGACCCCCGAGAGGAUUGGAUCCCUAGUUUCAUAAUUUGAUAUCCAACAGUGGAGUGUAGAGGCUCUAUCUCGGACGUGCAUACUGUUUUUAAAACAAGGAACUACAGUCCAAGUCGCAAUUUAUAACAUCCCCUAAGCCGCAUCAUUGGCGUAACAGUGGGGCGCAUAGAUCGCGCGCAAGUCACACGUAUAAGUCGCACGUAAUACACGCGGGACAUAGAGAUAUGCGCGUCACUGGUGUGUCAUUGGCGCACAGCUUGGAAGGAUGCGCGAAGCAGGAAGCAUGUCAAUUGUGACGUGUUACCCUUGGCUCAAAAUUAGACCGUGCUGCCAUCUGUCGUCGAUGAUUGGAAAUAAGCGUAUGUACGCAAUUUGAAGUCAUAUCUCAUGUUGCGUACGUACUUCACUAUGAUUGGUUACUGUGUGAUACACACAUUGAUUUCAUGACCUAUUAGGAGAAGUAAAAC